AUGGUCACGCACCCGCUGAGCCCCGAGCGCCCCGGCCGGCCGCGCAGCCCCCCCAGCAAACGGCGGCGGGCGGCGGGCGCCACCCCCGAGGAGCGGGCUCAGCCCCUCUGCCGCGGCCUCGGCCUCCGGGCGCCGGUGAAGAAGAGCAAGUGCCCGAGCUGCCCCGGGGAGCCGCCGCUGCAGGGCGGCGCCGAGCGGCUCUGCGCCCCCGGCAGCCCCGAGCCCGCCGCCCGGCUAGAGCUGCAGGCCUUCCGCGAGUACGGGGCCAGCUGGUACCGCUUCCGCAAGGGGCUGGAGAGCAAGUUCCACCCGCGCGAGCCUCUGGCCCAGCAGCCGCAGGUGACUGCAGAGGCUCGGUGUAAAUUGAUCAGCUGGCUGAUCCCUGUGCACCGGCACUUCGGCUUCUCCUUCGAGUCCCUGUGCCUGGCAGUGAAUACCCUGGACCGAUUCCUCACCACCACCCCAGUGGCUGCCGACUGCUUCCAGCUGCUGGGAGUCACUUCCCUCUUCAUCGCGUGCAAACAGGUGGAAGUGCAUCCGCCCAGAGUGAAGCAGCUCCUAGCCCUUUGCUGCGAUGUCUUCUCCCGUCAGCAGCUCUGCAACCUGGAAUGCAUCAUCCUAAGCAAACUACAUUUCAACCUAGGGGCACCGACCAUCAACUUCUUCUUGGAGCACUUCACCCACCUGCGUGUGGAGUCCUGCCAGGCAGAUGCCAGGGAGGCAGACAAUGCCAAAGCUCUGGCCAAAGGGAUGGCUGAACUUAGCAUGGCCGACUAUGCUUUCAACGAAUAUGCCCCCUCCCUUCUGGCCAUUUGCUCCCUGGGACUGGCAGACCAGAUGUUGCACCAUCAAAAUCCAUUGGACUUGCAUAUAAGUGGCUACCCGGAGGAGGUUUUACAGGACUGCACGGACAAACUGCAUUUACUGGUGUCUUUAAACGGAGAUUCUUUACCGGAUGUACUACCCCCUGGAUAUUUCUGAAAAGUGCCUGCAGCUGGGAAGUUAAGCUAACCGGACCAAUACACUUGAAACCCUCUUAUGGCAUCCAAAGCAUCUGUGAAUUUUAAGAACAAUUUGGUUCCUUUUCAUCAAUGCAUUGUAUUUUUAUAAACUAAUAAUUGCUAUACCUCUAAAGAUAACAGUAUUGGCCUUAUUCUCUUACAUAAUUGACUAAUCAAUGUAUUAUAUUUGUAUUUAUUUGAACUCUACAGUGUUGGUUUAGAAUUUUGAUAGAUGACAAAAAUUAAAUCACAUUAUGCACAUUUAAUUACUGUAUGUUAAUUGCACUGACAGAUUUGAUAUAUCUACAUUCAAUGUGUAAAUAGUGUAUACAAUCCAAGUACUGUACAGUUUGUUUAUUUAUUUAGAAAAUGGUUCACUAAGCACACCUUAACAGAAGCCACAGGAAGAAUAAAAGAACCGUAUAAGCA